CCCCUGUCCGCGGCCCGCGACCAUGGCUUCGCUCCGCACCGCCAGCCCCACGGUGAGGAACUACUUCAAGGAGAACUACAUUCCUCAGGUUUGCGAGGCGCUGUUAUGCGGUCUACUUGUCAUGUGUCCCGAGGAUCCACUGCAGUAUUUAGAGGAAAUGAUCAUAGCUAUAAUGGAAAAUGGUCUGGAAAGUCUUCUUUGGGACAUGUGCAUUGAUCCAUCAAUGAGACCGAAACUCCAAAGAUUAUCCAAAACUUACUUGGAACAACUUUUUGGACUGGAUGAUCAGCUGGUGACUCCAGAAUUGAUGAUAAAAGCAUGUACCUUUCACACUAAAAAUUUAGUGAAGACUCAUUUUUGCACUUGGAGAGACAUAGCAAUACCUCAUGUAAAUGAAGAUGAAAUUAUGGCUGAAAAAAUGGAAAAAGCAAUAACACAUUAUAAUUACAAACUUCAGAAAUCUGCAUUUUAUUACUGGCACUCUUUUGCAGAAAAUCAAAGAAGAAAGCUUAAAGAAGUACUAUGGAGGAUACAACAGAUGUUAUAUUGUCACAAACUAAAAGUUGUUCUAACAAACUGGCGGGAUAAAGCAAGAUCCAAGACUAAAAUGAGAGAAGAUGAGCUGAUAUUAAAACAUGAACGGCAAUUGAAAAGAUGGAAAAGUAAAUUAAAAUUCAGAGUCACCACUGAAGAAACCAGUUCGCCUGAACUAAGUUCAUCUGAAAUCUCUUUUGUGGGGGACCUUCCAGAAUGCGACAUUUCGCUGUUACCUGAAAAAGCAAUAUCCCAGAUCUUCCUAUACCUCAGCUUAAGAGAUAUAGUAAUAUGUGGCCAAGUUUGUCAUACCUGGAUGUUGAUGAUACAAAUAAGGUCAUUGUGGAACUCUAUUGAUUUUUCCAUGGUGAAAAAUAUAAUUGCUGAUAAAGAUAUCGUGACUACACUGCACAGGUGGCGUCUAAAUGUGCUGCGUUUGAAUUUCCGUGGUUGUGUUCUCCGACCGAGAACUCUGAGAUCUGUUGGCCACUGUAGAAACUUGCAGGAGCUGAACGUCUCUGACUGCUCAACAAUCACAGAUGAGCUAAUGAGGUACAUUUCUGAGGGCUGCCCUGGGGUCCUGCAUCUCAAUCUGUCGAACACAACCAUCACCAAUAGGACCAUGCGACUCUUGCCAAGGCACUUCCACAACCUACAGAACCUCAGCCUGGCUCACUGCCGCAAGUUCACAGACAAAGGACUACAGUACCUGAGUUUAGGGAAUGGAUGCCACAAGCUCAUCUGUCUGGACCUGUCCGGCUGCACGCAGAUUUCUGUUCAAGGCUUCAAGAACAUUGCAAACAGCUGCAGUGGAAUCAUGCACCUGACCAUCAAUGACAUGCCAACCCUGACGGACAACUGCGUGAAAGCUUUGGUUGAGAAGUGCCCGUCCAUCACCUCAGUCACCUUCAUAGGUUCGCCACAUAUUUCUGAUUGUGCCUUCAAAGCUCUCACUGCCUGCAACCUCAGAAAGAUCCGAUUUGAAGGAAAUAAAAGGAUUACUGAUGCAUGCUUCAAGUUUAUAGACAAGAAUUAUCCAAAUAUCAAUCACAUUUACAUGUCAGACUGCAAGGGAAUAACUGAUAGUAGCCUCAAAUCACUUGCAACCUUGAAGCAACUCACUGUGUUGAAUUUGGCAAAUUGUGUAAGGAUCGGUGAUACGGGAAUCAAACAUUUUCUUGAUGGUCCUGUGAGCCAAAGGUUAAGAGAGCUAAAUUUAAGCAACUGUGUGCACCUGGGGGAUGACUCGGUCCUGAGACUCUCAGAGCGCUGCCCUAACUUAAACUACUUGAGUUUGCGGAAUUGCGAACACCUGACUGAUCAAGGCUUUGAACAUAUCGUAAACAUCCUUUCCUUGGUAUCGGUAGAUCUCUCUGGAACAAUCAUCUCUAAUGAGGGUUUGAUGGUACUUUCCAGACACAAAAAGCUGAAGGAAGUUUCUAUAUCUGACUGUGGUAAAAUCACAGAUGUUGGAAUUCAGGCGUUCUGCAAAAGCUCACGAACCCUGGAACACUUGGAUGUCUCGUAUUGCCCCCAGCUGUCAGAUGAUACUAUUAGAGCGUUGGCCAUUUACUGUGUCAACCUCACGUCUCUCAGUGUUGCUGGCUGUCCCAAGAUCACUGAUGCGGCUAUAGAGAUGUUGUCAGCCAAAUGCCACUACCUGCACAUUCUGGACAUCUCUGGGUGCGUCCUGCUGACUGACCAAAUCUUUGCGGACCUUCGGAUGGGCUGCAGGCAACUCCGGAGCCUGAAGAUGCUAUACUGCAGGCUUAUUUCCACGGAGGCCGCGAAGAAGAUGGCAUCGGUGGUGCAGCAGCAGGAGCACAGCUGUGACAACCCUCCGCGGUGGUUCGGCUACGACUACGAAGGCAAGCCUCUUACAAAGCGUCACAGCGUGAUGCCGCAGAAGGAAGACCUCGAGCUGAUCGUGCGAGACUUAAUGUACGGUAGCGAGGAGGAAGCCCUAUAGCCCUCGGCGUCCCGC